UGGCUCUUAAUCGUCUAUUCUUUCUUCUUCUCCGGCGCCGAUUUUAAUCCUUCAAAUUAAAACCUACGAAUCACUGAAACAUCCUCAAAGCACUGAGCUCACACAAACACAAAUUCAUGGCUUUUCAUUCUCACCCUCUGGAUUUUGCCCAUUAAAACCCUCCUAAACUCCACUAUUCCCCUCUGUAUCCUUCAAUUUCACUAACACAUUUUAGUUAAGGGAAUGUCUAAUUCGGGUGGGUUUGCUGUGAUCCGUACCCAUUUGGGGGACCGCUUCUACAACCCGCCGCCAGUGAGGCGGCACCAGCAACUGUUGCUGCUGCAGCAGCAGCAGCAGUUGCAGAAGCAGUUACAGAGGCCGGUAAGGAAGGAGAGCAGAGUCAACUCCGCUGAUGUGGCAACGGAUCCUCGGACUGAUUCGGAUGAUUCCACAUUGUCCAGGCCUGAUUCGGGUUACUCCGCUUCCUCGCCGACAAGUUCUAAUUUGACCAAUUUGGAUCGGCUCAUGGAAUCCGUUACUCCAUUUGUGCUGGCUCAGUACUUCUCUGAGGGAAGAAUGAGGGGACGGAGAAUGCGUGAAGUGGAUAUUCAGCCAUUCUUUAGUCUUGGGGAUCUAUGGGAAUGUUACAGUGAAUGGAGUGUAUAUGGAGUGGGAGUACCCCUAUUGUUGAAUGGUAGUGAAUCUGUUAAGCAGUACUAUGUUCCUUCCUUGUCUGGCAUACAACUGUACAUAGACCCUCAUAGACCCAGGAGGCCUGGUGAGGAUACCGAGGCUGAGUCUUCGAGGGAAACAAGUAGUGGUGGCAGUAGUGACUGUGCAGCAGAAAGGCAGUGCAGAAGUGGUUUUGAUGGAGCAUGGGGUCAGCUCAAUAUCAUUAACUCUAACUCCCAGAGAAUGAACAGACUUACAUUAAGAGAUAAACCUCCUGUGAGUUCAUCUAGUGAUGAAGCCGAGGUUUCCAAGUCACCUGGAAUGCUGGUCUAUGAAUACUUUGAGCAAGAACAACCCCAUCAACGAAAACCUUUAUAUGACAAGAUUCUAAGUCUCGCAGGUCAAUUUCCAGAUUUAAGAAAAUACAGGAGCUCUGAUCUAUUGCCCUCUAGCUGGAUAUCAGUGGCUUGGUAUCCAAUAUACAGAAUACCAAUGGGUCCAACACUACAGAACCUGGAUGCAUCUUUCUUAACCUUUCAUUCUUUGUCAACACACUCUAGAAGCAAAAAUCAGCUACAAUAUCUACCUUCUGGAGAUUGGAAGGUCAGUGGUGUUGAUGCAUCUCCAAAGUUUUCCUUACCUGUCUUUGGUCUUGCUUCCUAUAAAUUGAGGGGUUCAAUUUUGACUGCCAAUGGAGGUCGUGAAUGGCAGCAAGCAAACUCCCUAAUGCAAACCGCUGACAAUUGGCUUCAGCAUUUGCAAGUCAAUCUUCCUGAUUUCCAAUUUUUCGUCUCACAUAAUUCACGGUGGAGAUAAGAGGGUAUGAAUUUCCUUUAGCUCACUUUUGUGUACACGGAGAAGCCCACGGUGUUGGCUAGGGAUAGGAAUUAGUUGAAGAUAAGCUAACCUUGCCUGAACCUUCCUAAGAAACAAGCUUGUUUUUGGCCUUAUUAUGAUUCUGUAAGUUCUUGGUUACACAUCAACACCCAGAGAGAGACAAAGGGCGUGCAGUUUCUGUAAGAUUUGAUUAAGAAACAAGGUCAAACAUGCAACUAGACACUAUUAAAAUUGUCGGAUGGGGCUUGAGGCACUUGUUUACUCCUUUCCAGGCGGGGUCUAAGGAACUGUGAUCAUUAUAUUAAACCAACAUGCCCCCUUAUGUGUGUAUUGGGUCACUCAAAGCUCUUUUGAUCUUGGAAAACUAGGUAAACUGCCGACCAUGCUUGUUUCUGAGUCCUUGUAAUACUUUGUAACCAUUCGACAAUGGUGAUGAGAAUCGAAAACGUCCACUACACGUGUUUGCACGUAUAUACUCCUCAUACUUCGUAUUUUCCAGAGAAAGGGCAAUACACAGAUUCAUCAGAG